AUGGCGGCCGCAGCUGUUGGUGAAGCAUUUCUGUCUGCUUUCAUUGAAGUUGUUCUCGACAAGCUUGCUUCUCCUCAGGUUGCUAACUCUAUCAUAGGAAAGAAACUUGACGUCAAUUUGGUUCAAAGGUUGAACAACACUCUUUUUGCUGUUGAAGCUGUGCUUAAUGAUGCUGAACACAAACAGAUCAAAGAUUCUGCUGUUAACAAAUGGCUUGAUGAUCUCAAAGAUGCUCUCUAUCUUGCUGAUGACCUUCUCGACCACAUCUCUACCAACAACAACAACAAGGUCAGUACUGUUAACUACUUCUCUCGCCUUUUCAACUUUGAGGAAAGGAAUAUGGUUUGUAAGCUGGAAGAUAUAGUUGCUAGGCUCGAAUACAUUCUUAAAUAUAAAGAUAUUCUUGGCCUUCAACAUCUUGCAACUAACCACUCUUCUUGGAGAACUCCAUCAACCUCUCUAGAUCACCCAUCUAACAUAUUUGGUAGGGAUCAAGACAAACAGGCCAUACUCAAUUUACUCUUAGACGAUGAUGAUGAUGUUGAUGAUAACAUUUCUGUGAUCCCCAUAGUUGGCAUGGGUGGGGUGGGAAAGACUACUUUAGCCCAAUCUGUGUUCAACCAUGAUAGUAUAAAGCAGAAAUUUGAUGUUCGAGCAUGGGUUUGUGUUUCUGAUGAUUUUGAUGAACUCAAGGUAACCAAGACCAUCUUAGAGGCAGUGGCAGGGAGUUCUUGUAAUAUAAAUAACAAAGAGUUACUUCAUCUUGAUUUGAAGGAAAGACUCUCUCAAAAAAUGUUCUUGAUUGUUUUGGACGAUGUAUGGACGGAAGAUUAUGACAGUUGGAACUCUCUUAUAAGGCCUCUUCAAUAUGGAAAUAAGGGAAGUAAAAUUCUUGUAACAACCCGUAUUGAUAAAGUUGCUUCUAUGGUCCAAACUUUUCAUGCUUACCCUCUUCGCCAAUUGUCUGAUGAAGAUUGUUGGUCUGUGUUUGCAAACCAUGCAUGUCUUCCUCAACAAGAUUCCAAUGAGUAUAUGGAUCUCCAAAAGACUGGCAAAGAGAUUGUUAGAAAAUGUAAGGGAUUGCCUUUAGCAGCACAAUCACUUGGGGGCUUGUUGCAACGAAAACAUGAUAUUAGGGAUUGGAAUAAUAUACUAAAUAGUAACAUUUGGGAAAUCGAGAGUAAGAUCAUUCCAGCACUAAGAAUUAGUUAUCAUUAUCUCCCUCCCUAUUUGAAACGUUGCUUUGUUUAUUGUUCCUUGUAUCCUAAGGAUUAUGAAUUUAAUAAAGACAAACUGGUUUUGUUGUGGAUGGCUGAAGAUCUUUUACCGUCUCUAAAAAAUGGCAAAACUUUACAAGAAGUUGGUUACGAGUAUUUUAGUGACUUAGCUUCAAGAUCAUUUUUUCAACGUUCUGGAAGUGGGAACCAAUACCGCCAUUUUGUGAUGCAUGACCUGGUGCAUGAUUUAGCAACAUUGCUUGGUGGAGAAUUCUAUUUUAGAACAGAAGAACUUGGGAAAGAAACGAAGAUCAGUACCAAGACUCGCCAUUUAUCAUUUAUUCAGUUUAGUGAUCCUGUCUUGGAAAACUAUGAUGUUUUCAGCAGAGCAAAAAACCUUAGGACAUUUUUGACCAUCGGUUUUAGAUUUCAUCGAGUCAACCAUGAAAAGGCACUAUGCAUGAUUUUGGAGAAUUUGAAGUGUUUAAGAGUUUUGUCAUUAGAAUCAUUUUUAGAUGUUCACACAUUGCCUGAUUCAGUCGAUGAACUGAUCCAUUUGCGUUAUUUGGACCUCUCUUGCACAGCUAUACAGACAUUGCCGGAGUCAUUGUGUAAUCUGUAUAACCUACAAACGUUGAAGUUGCAUAAUUGUACACAACUAACCAUGCUUCCCAAUGACAUGCAAAAUCUUGUAAAUUUGUGCCAUCUUGAUAUUGGUGGAACUAAUGAGUUAGAAGAGAUGCCUAAAGAAAUGAGCAAAUUAACUCAUUUGCAACAUCUGAGUUGCUUUGUUGUGGGCAAGCAUGAAAAGAAUGGGAUCAAGGAAUUGGGAACACUUUCAAAUCUUCAUGGAUCACUUGUUAUUAGUAAAUUGGAGAAUGUUACCAACAGCUUGGAAGCAUCAAAGGCGCAUAUCAUGGAUAAGAAGUACCUUGAGGAAUUAUCGUUUAAAUGGUCCGAAGACGCAAAGGACCAUUUUACAAAUUCACAAAGUGAGAUGGAUAUUCUUGGCAAGCUACAGCCUUGUAAGAUCUUGAAAAGGCUAAUUAUAGAUGGAUACAUGGGUACGAGAUUUCCAAAAUGGGUUGGAGACCCUUCCUACCACAACUUGACCGAGUUAUCCUUGUAUCGUUGUCAUAAUUGUUGCAUCCUUCCACCACUUGGACAAUUACGCUCUCUCAAGAACUUGGAAAUCCGUGCAAUGAGUAUUCUGGAGACUAUUGGAUCUGAAUAUGGUGAUUCCUUUUCAGGAAUCCUCUUUCCCUCCCUUGAAUGUCUGAAGUUUCGUGAGAUGCCAUGUUGGGAAGUGUGGCAUCAUUCUCAUGAUUCAGAUGUUUCAUUUCCUGUAUUAAAAUCUCUUGCGAUUAUUGAUUGUCCUAGAUUGCAUGGAGGUUUCCCAUCUCAUCUUCCUGUCGUGGAAACAAUUAAGAUUGAACGUUGCAACCAAGUUGACUCUUCUCUCCCAAGGGCUCCUGCCAUACGCAUGUUAGAUAUAAUUGAAAGCAAUAAAGUAGCCUUGCAUGAACUACCCAUAUCAUUGGAAGUAUUAAGAAUUCAAGGAAGGGAAGUGACUCAGUCCGUCUUUGAAGCCAUUACCAUCAGCCUAACAUCUCUUCAAAUUUUAGAUAUCAAAGACUGUUCAUCUGCAAUAUCAUUUCCGGGAGAUUGUUUACCCCUAUCCUUAAAGACGCUGUUCAUCAUAAAUUCUAGUAAUCUAAAUUUUCCAAAGCAAAACCACCAACAUGAGUCACUUCAGUAUUUGAGGAUAGAUGGAAGUUGUGAUUCUCUCACAACCCUCCCACUGGAUAUCCUUCCAAACCUCAUCUAUCUUCGAAUCCAUAAUUGUAGAAACAUAGAAUGCCUUUCAGCUUCGAAAAUUCUUCCAAAUCUCAUUGAUAUUGAUAUCAGAGGCUGCCCUAAAUUUGUAUCAUUCCCAAGAGAAGGAUUGUCUGCGCCCAGCUUGACAUCGUUGUCUGUCACCCGCUGCCUUAAUUUAAAGUCAUUGCCUUGUCACAUGAAUACUCUUGUUCCAAAGUUAAAAGAGAUGUACAUACAUGAUUGCCCAGAGAUGGAAACAUUUCCUGAAGGUGGUAUGCCACCUAGCUUGAGAUCACUUCGUGUUGGAAAUUGCGAGAAAUUAUCGAGGAACCCAUCUCUAUCUUUCUUUGACAUGCUUUCCUCUCUUUCAAUUGAAGAUCUAUAUAAUGGUGUUAAGUCCUUUCCUAACAAUGGUUUUGCAUUGCUGCCUCCCUCCCUUACCAAUCUACAUCUUUCGAGCAUGUAUUGUUUGCACACGUUGGACUGCAGAGGGCUUCUCCACCUGAAGUCUCUCAAACAAUUAACAAUUGGAUCUUGCCCAAAGCUGGAGAAUAUGACGGGAGAGAGGCUGCCUGCAUCUCUAAUAGAACUUGAUAUUAUUGGUUGUCCUCUGUUGGGAGAACGAUGCCUCAAAAAACAUUCUCAAAUUUGGCCCAAAAUUUUACACAUCCAAUAUAUUAAGGUUGACCGCAAAUGGAUUUAA